AUGGAAGGGCUCAUCCAGGCUCUCCUGGUCCAGAGGUACUACUACGGCUUCGGAUACCAGAUGUCAGCUGGAUCCCAGAUACAGAUGGCACCACAAUCAACAGUCAACACAACACAACCCGUACAUAGCCAAGACUCCAAUAUGAGUACAGGCUCCUCUCACAGCGACAAAGAAGUGGACCCGAACACGCCCGAGAAGCUGCCGAGGACGCCGAGCGAGCGCAAACGGAAACGGAAAGCGGAGGACAGCGGCGGCGGGCCCCCCGCUCUGGUCAAGGGGGCGGCGGUGACGGCAGGAGGGGGCGCGACAGUGGGAGCGGUGGGGACGGCGACCGUGCGGUAUCCCACCGCCGACAAGAAGAUCAACGACUACUUCAACAAGCACUCGGGCAACAGUCACAGCCCCAUUCGGCUCGGCGGGGCGAAGAGUCCGUCGCCGCAGCAGCCCUAUCCGAUGCUAUCUACAUUUCAGUUACCUCCAUCACCACAACAAGUGGGGAUGUCGUCCCCACAAGUGUGUAAUUCUGUUCCUUUCGACUUUAUUAACAAGGCGCCACUGAGGGUUACGCCACCGGCGACAGUUCACAAAUUAAUACAGACUGAAUUAACGUGUCACAGGAUACAGGAGUUCGAGACGCAAGCAUCCUCUGACCUAGAAUUACGUAAUAACAAAAUAGAAGAAUUAACGCGGGCCAACGAAGAGCUGAGGCACCAAAUAUCGACGCAACAGAAAUCGAUAGACCAGCACAAGCAGCAGGUGAAUAAGUGUAUAGAGGUUGUGAAGAAACUGCUCAAAGAGAAGAGUUCGAUAGAGAAGAAGGAGGCGCGGCAGAGGUGUAUGCAGAAUAGGUUAAGGUUAGGACAGUUCGUGACGCAGAGGGUGGGGGCGACGUUCCAGGAGAACUGGACGGACGGACAUGCUUUCCAGGAACUGGCAAGGCGGCAGGAGGAGAUAACGGCGGAGAGGGAGGAAAUCGACAGGCAAAAGAAGCUGCUGCUGAAGAAGCGGCCGUCGAACAACGAGAGCGGCAGGAAACGCAACAACUCGUCGAACGCGAUGCACAACGGCACCGACAGCGGCUUCCUUAAACCUGACGCUGUGCCCGGCUCGCUGACGUUGCAGGAGUACUACGAGGCCGACGAGAUCCUGAAGCUGCGGCAGAACGCGCUGAAGAAGGAGGACGCCGAUCUGCAGCUGGAGAUGGAGAAGCUGGAGAGGGAGCGCAACCUGCACAUCAGGGAGUUGAAGAGGAUUCACAACGAGGAUCAGAGCAGGUUUAACAACCACCCGGUGCUAAAUGACAGGUACCUGUUGCUGAUGCUUUUGGGAAAGGGGGGCUUCAGCGAGGUGCACAAGGCGUUCGACCUCAAAGAACAGAGGUAUGUCGCCUGUAAGGUGCACCAACUGAACAAGGACUGGAAGGAGGACAAAAAAGCCAACUAUAUUAAGCAUGCGUUGAGGGAAUACAACAUCCACAAGGCUUUGGAUCAUCCCAGGGUAGUUAAGUUAUAUGACGUGUUCGAAAUCGAUGCCAAUUCCUUCUGUACUGUACUAGAAUACUGUGAUGGACACGAUCUUGACUUCUACCUGAAGCAGGUGAGUAAACACAAAACGAUACCGGAACGGGAGGCGAGAUCCAUCAUCAUGCAGGUGGUGUCCGCCCUCAAGUACCUGAACGAGAUCAAGCCGCCCGUCAUCCACUACGACCUCAAGCCGGGCAACAUCCUGCUGACCGAGGGCAACGUGUGCGGCGAGAUCAAGAUCACCGACUUCGGCCUGAGCAAGGUGAUGGACGAGGAGAACUACAAUCCCGACCACGGGAUGGACUUGACGUCGCAGGGUGCAGGCACUUACUGGUAUCUUCCCCCAGAAUGUUUCGUAGUCGGUAAGAAUCCUCCGAAGAUUUCUUCGAAAGUGGACGUUUGGAGCGUAGGUGUGAUAUUUUAUCAGUGUCUGUAUGGCAAGAAGCCGUUCGGACACAAUCAGUCGCAAGCGACGAUACUAGAAGAAAAUACCAUUUUGAAGGCGACUGAGGUUCAGUUCGCCAACAAGCCUGCCGUUACGAAUGAAGCCAAGGGCUUCAUCCGCAGUUGCCUGGCCUACAGAAAGGAGGACCGCAUCGACGUGCUGUCGCUAGCGCGGCACGAGUACCUGCAGCCGCCCAUGCCCAAGCACUCGCGACUCACCUCCACCCAGCAGCAGCAGCAGCAGGCGCAGCAGCAGCAGCAACAGCAACAGUCGGCCUCCUUCUCCACCGGCAUCUUCGGCGCGAUGAACGCGUCGUCGUCCUCCUAG